CUUCAAAUGUGUUGUGGCUAUAAAUUCUUAAGCUUGGUUUCAGAUUUUCAUUUCCUCAAGGCAUCUUUAGUAAUAAUAGCAUUGCCAAGAGAGAGAGAAAGGCAAGGAAAAAAAUAGAGGGAGAGAUGGAGAUGAAUGAACAAGGAUUCUUAGAGGAAUUAUUGGGCCUGAGAAGAGACAAUUGGGACACAGUUCCAACUGAAAUGAAUGCCAUUUUCUCUAAUGACAUCAACUUUGAUUGCUUUGAUGAUGCAGCUGGUUUUCUUCCUGAUUCCUUCUCCCAAGAUUUGAGUUUCAACUUCAACAACGUCUACGACGUUCCAUUCGGCGAUGAAUUCUGUGCAGCACCACAACUGACAGACACUUCGAACAACACGUUCGAUACGACGCCAUUUCCGAUUCAAGACUGCUUCAAUAUGGUGGAGGAAACAGAAUCCGGCUUCCUCGUACAUGAACUUCACAUGCUGGAUGCACAAGCGCUAACUGCUUGCAAAGCUGAGCCUAUUCAAUCACCUGAAGCGCCUUCCAACAUGAGGACCUGCAGUACUACAGACCGUAACAAUCGAGCCAAGAAAUUAAAGGGCCAGCCGUCGAAGAAUCUGAUGGCGGAAAGAAGGAGAAGAAAGCGCCUAAACGACCGCCUUUCCAUGUUAAGGUCGAUUGUUCCUAAGAUAAGCAAGAUGGAUAGGACAUCCAUACUUGGAGAUACCAUAGAUUACACAAAGGAGCUUCUAGAGAGGAUCACAAAUUUGCAGCAAGAAAUCGAAGCAGGCUCAAGUGAGUUAAAAAUGGCUCACAUUUUCAAUGAAAUAAAACCAAAUGACAUCUUGGUGAGAAAGACACCAAAGUUUGAGGUGGAAAGAAGAGACGUGGAUACGAGGAUUGAGAUUGGUUGCUCGGGGAAACAGGGAUUGUUGUUAUCAACUUUAACAACAUUGGAAGCAUUAGGGCUUGAGAUUGAACAAUGUGUUAUUAGCUGCUUCAAUGAUUUCGCAAUGCAAGCUUCUUGCUCAGAGGACUUGAAACAGAGGACAUUAACAAGUUCUGAGGACAUAAAGCAAACAUUGUUUAGAAAUGCUGGCUACGCAGGAAGAUGUUUGUAGGAUCAAAAUUAGACUACAAGGGAAGCAACUUUUUGGUGAUUUUUAUGUUAUUUUCUCCUUUUUUUUAUUCCCAAAUUCUCUGUGACUUUUUGAAUGAGCUUUUGAGUUGAUGGAUUGUUAGUAAAUUUUGCCUUCAUAAAUAAGAGAAAAUCCAAGUCAUCACAGAUUUGUAAUAACUAUUUCAGCUGGAGUUGUUUAUUAAUACAAAAUUCUUUAUUAUCAUUUUCUUCUCUCU